AUGGGUAGUGAAUCGGUGUUGAUUACUGGAGCUAAUCGUGGCAUUGGUCUCGGAUUAGUGACCGCACUGUUGGCAAAACAUAACGGCGGGCCCACACACGUGAUCGCCACUACACGACAGGCCACUAAUCCUGCGUUGGAUGAGCUCCGGGACCGACACUCAAACCUACAUGUCCUACAACUGGACGGUACAGACUAUAAGAGUUUUGAUGGCUUUGCCAAACAAGUGGCCGAUAUUGUGGGCGACAGGGGAUUGGAUACACUUAUUAAUAACGCCGGCAUUGCGUUGACUGCAAAACUGGAUUCCGUGACCGCCGACGAUAUGGUGACCAACUUUAAGGUCAAUUCCGUGGCACCACUAAUGCUCACUAAAGCGCUAUUGCCAGUGCUUAAGCAAUCGGCAUCAACUAAGCGCAAAACCACAGUGGUUAAUAUUUCAUCCCUGGCAGGGUGUAUUACACUUAUACACAAAUUCCCAUUUGGUAUGCUUUACCCAUAUUUUACGAGUAAAGCGUCACUCAAUAUGAUCACAAAGUGUCUGUCCGUUGAUUUGACCGCACAUGGUAUUAAUGCUGUGGCCGUACACCCGGGCCACGUGCAGACCGAUAUGGGCGGUGAACGCGCAAAGAUUACUGUGGAGACUAGUGUUAAUGGUAUACUGAAUGUGAUCGAUAAGCUGACCGAUGAUGAUGCUGGCAAGCUAAUUAGCUAUGAUGGCACCGUCAUGCCAUAUUAA